AUGGCUUCCGAGAAAGGAAUGGUGAUAGCCAUGGGCUGCGACGAAGCCGGUUGCGGCUACAAGAACAAAAUCAAGGCGGACCUCGAAGCGGACCCUCGCGUCGCCAAAGUCAUCGACGUCGGCGUCAACUCCACCUCCGACAAAACAGCCUACCCCCACCCCGCCGUCGACGCGGCCAAACUGAUCAAAAACGGGGAAGCGGACCGCGCGCUCCUGAUCUGUGGCACGGGUCUCGGCGUCGCCAUCUCCGCCAACAAAGUCCCGGGUAUCAGGGCCGUGACGGCUCAUGAUAGUUUCUCCGUCGAACGAGCGAUUCUGAGUAAUGAUGCGCAGGUGCUUUGUAUGGGAGAGCGAGUGGUGGGGAUUGAGCUGGCGAGGAGGUUGGCGAAGGAGUGGGUGGGGUAUAAAUUCGAUCCGAAGAGUGCUAGUGCUGCGAAGGUUGAGGCGAUUAUGGAGCAUGAGAGGAAGAAUUUUGCGGAGGCUUGA